UUCGCUCUAGCAGCGACAAUUCCGGAGGGUGCAGCCGAUUCCAGGAGACAGAGAUCCUGUGGGGAUCACGGGUCGGCAAGCCCUCCGAAGCGCAACCCGUCGCACGCUGCCCAUUUGGCAAAGUAUUUCGGUCCCGUUUUCCCGGGCCAUAUGGGCAAGCGACGGAAAAUUGCGAGUUUACGGGACCAAGAUCGCCACAAAACGGUCAAGCUCGCCAAUGCCACCGCCGACUGCAUUUUCUUGUUGGUUGAUGGCAGUCUCCUUGAGGAAGAUUGGUGGCAUUAUUUCAAAGGGUAA